AUGUGUAAAGAGCAUGAUGAUGAACCAAAAGUCGAAAAAAGUCCAGUUAAACCAGAGUCUCCAGUCCCUUCUCCUCCUCCACAACCAAAGAAGAAAGAAGAAGAAUUUUCAUCUUCAUCAACUUCGUUGCAAGAAUCAUUCAAACGCAAAUCACCAGCUCCAAACUGGCUUACACCUGAUAUAACAACACAAAAUCCAGCACCUUUAGUAUAUGCGAAUGAACCUUUCGGCAGAAAUCCAUUAUUAUUAAGCUCAUCAGAUGGUUUAUUAGUUAAUGAUGACGCAGUAUAUUUCCCAGAUACUUGUGAUUCAUCUGUCGAUGAAAAAAUAGAUCGUAUGCCUAUAUGA